GGGGAAAAUCACAACGAUUUUGGAUGAUGUGCCAAAUGGUUAUCACGUGGGCAUCGCAUUUGUAUCGUUGGAAAUAUUUUUAAUAUAUUGCAUUGCCAUGAUGGCAAUUGUUUGACUUUUAGUCACUUUUAAGGAAAACGAUAAGUUUCUCCCCGACGUAACACAAAAUGCGAUGUGUAGUCUUCUUGAUGGCUUCCUGAAUUUUUUCAUCACUUACAGUCGAUAUAAAAACUCUACACACCCCCUGUUUCAAAAGUACCACCAGGUCUUUGUCAUAUGGGGAGGGGGGGGGGAAAUAAGCAAGAUAAAUCAUUUCCCACCAUUAAUUUGGCCUUGACCUUGAUUAUUUAUGUAUUUAUUUUGCGGGGAUCUUUUUCAGAAGAGAAAUUAAAUGAGUGAAAUGUGAUUGCGUAAGUGUGCACACCCAUUUCAAAUGUGCUCAGAACAAGCCGAUGACAUUCAAGCCCGUGUUGAAUAGGACUCUGCACACGACUGUCAACUUUUUAAGUGUCUACAUUUACCCCAAUUAAACUUCUGAUGUUCUAGUAGGCUUUUUCUGGUGUUCUAUUUUUUUUAAAAAAUUAUGCUAAGGCCUGAAUGUUAUGCACUAACACUAUUACAUUAUUCGCAACAGCACCACUGAAGGUUUUGCGUUCUUUUGAUGAUUAGCCAAGCAUAUUUUUGGGACUUUUGGCCAAAAAAUUCAACCUCGGUCUCAUCACGUCAUGACACAUUCUCACACAUGCUUUUAGAGCGCAGGUGUCAAACUCGAAGCCCGGGGGCCAGAUCUGGCCCACCACAUUAUUUUAUGUGGCCUGCGUAGGCAAAUCAUGUGUAACAAUUGCCAAGAUUUUUGCCAAAAUUUCCUACUGUCAUAUCCCAAAUGAUAAUAUUGAGAUAUUUCGGGUGUUUUUGUGUUGCCUAACAUCGACAAAAGUUGGAAAAACCUUUCUAAAACUGCUUCAUAAAAUCCACGUGUAAAUAUGAUUAGGUAGUCAGAGAUUUUUAUGAUUUCAUAGUCCCUCUGAGGGAAACCAUAGUGUGGCCCGCUAUAACAAUUAGCUUGACACCCCUGUCUUAGAGUUUUGCAAGUGUUUUUUAAUCCUGUAGUAUUAAGUUUUGGGUUUUUUUUUUAAGUAGGGAAUGAGAUGGCGCCGUUGCUGUGGGAAGCUCGCAGCAGUGACAAAAGGUCAGGUCAGGAGCAGCUAAGGACUUCCGAACUUUAUUUGGAGUGUGCACACUUAUGCAACCACAUUUAUUUUUACAACUCUAUUUUUUUUUUUUAACCGCCAAAUUGAGUUGAUAGGUCACAACUGUGGACCCCCCCCCCCACCCCCAAUCACAAAACCCUGGCAUUUGAACACUUUUCACACGAUAUCAACUGUUUACGUUGUGUAGGUUGUACGAGGUGUUUCCUUUUCGGGAUUCAUCUCAAGUACCGUGUGGACUUGUUUUGCCACUAUCGACGCGACCACGCAAUAACUGGCAAAAGUGCGACGCAUUUUCUUAAUUUUGCACUACAAACUUGAAAGUUUUUAUGUGGGUUUCGGUGCAUUCACACAAACUGUAUACCUCUGGGUAAGUAAUGAAAAUUUACCGACCAGAUGACUGCAAAGGCAAAUAAAGUGUCUUUUUAUGAAUCAAUUGUGAUGUUUGUGGUGCAAAUCAAUCAUAAUGUAUGUGCAGUGUGUGUGCGCUUCCAACAAGUGAAGUCGCUGUCUCUGGCGCCAUCUGGCGUACAUCUAAAAAAAAAAAAAAGGUAUCCGUCCCUGGGGUUUCAGCAUUUUUAUUUUUUGGUCACAAUUAGCAGGCGAAAGUGUUCAAAUUUUCGUUAAAAAAAUGAUACAUGGCUGUAAAAAAAAAAGAAAAAAGUUGGACUGAGGUCUUAGUGUUAUUCUGGUUCCUCCUUUGGUGGUUUUUGAACGUGGGGACGAGUGUUUGCGCGCCCCCUUGGUGACGUCACCACCAGUUCCACAACAUCGCUUUUGACGUGUCGGUGACGAAAAGGAGCACGACCUUGAAAUUCGGGACGACAAGAGUCCUCACGCAAUAACAUUUACACUUAAUUGUAAAGUAAUGGAUGUGGUUUUAAAGUAGUGUGGAGGGAAGUAAUUACAGGUCCCGAAAACCAAUCGCCGUUUCCUGGGAGUGCUCACGUGUUUGCAACAAGAUGGACGUCGACCUCCGGCCAGUUGCAGACACCGACGAAAGUAGUUCGUUUAUGGAAGACUGUGUGGUGAGGGACCCUGAAACUGCAGUCUCAAGGAACAGAGGACUACCCACCAAGAGACGCUAUGACCCCCUCCCAGAUGCUGGUGGAUCCAGAGAGGCAGCAGCUGAGAAGGUUGUGCGGCCAAAAAGGACCAAACAUUUUAACGAAAUUAACAGGGUCAAAGCCACCAAGGCUUCAUCGGCUAACAGGAACAAAUGCAAGACGAGUGCCAGACUGCAGAACCAUAAAGAGCGCCAGAAGGUCAAAGCCUCCGAGAUGUCAGGGAGGGUAGGAUUGGUUACAAGAACCAAACAGAAGACCGCCACCAAACCAGAAACCCUUUUAAGGAAGCGAAGACUCAAGACCAGCGGCCUUCCAAUGAAGAUCCGGCCCGUUAAGGGGACCAAGCGGAAAGCCGGUACCAAAACUGAGACCCUUGUCAAGAAACAGAGGUUUGAAACCACCAAGGUGUCUAUGAAGAUUGUUCAAGCAAAUGCAUCUAAAAAGAAAGCUAUACCCAGAUCGCAGAUCCUCAUGAGUAAGCGCCCAGGUAAAACUAAAUCACAGACCUUAAUCCGGAAGCAUCGUUGUAAAACCAAACCUGAGACGUUCAUGAGAAAGCACAAAGGUAAAGCCAAACCACAGAUUCUGACAAGGAAACCUAAGAGUACAGCCAAAAUGGAGACCGCGUCUCAGAAUCGAGGUGCUAAGAUCCAAAUGGACAGCCAGAUGUGCAGUCGAGGGAGUAAUCGCAACCUCGAGAUUCUGGCAAGAAGACAAAGGGGUCAAACCAAGUCUAUGAAGACUGUCCCUGCAGCCAAACGGAGGGUUGACACAAAACCAAGAAUGCUUAAAAAUGAGCAGAGUGUCAGAGCCACCAAACGGCCAGUGAAAGUCCUGACGUUUCACGGAACCAAACAGAAAACCAGAACAAAACCAGAGACCCUAACAAGGAGUCAGUGGCUCAAAGCAACUCAGACCUCCAUGGUCCAACACGCCGAAAAACGACUCUUGACCACGACCAGUCACGCCUCGUUGGACCUCAAAUAUCAGCAGCUCGAGAAGAUCGGCGAAGGAGGCUUCGGAUCGGUCUACGCUGGCUACCGGAAAACAGAUUCUUUUCCAGUGGCCAUCAAACACAUUCCCAAAGAUGAAGUCAAGAUCAUCCCCCUGAACAUCAAGGGGAGGAAGCGCGACGUCCCCCUGGAGGCGCUGCUCAUGCUGCAGGCGUCGUGCAUCAAGAACGCGGACGGGAAAUCGGCUGUCGUCUCUCUGCUGGACAAAUACGACUUUGAUCGAGAGCUGGUGCUGGUCAUGGAGAAGCCGGCGCGCUCCGUGGAUCUCUUCACGUACAUCACCAGAUGCCGGCUGGGACACCUCAAAGAGAAUGAGGCGAAGAACAUCAUCAGGCAGUUGGUGGACGCCGCCAUCAAAAUGCACGCCGUCAACGUCUUCCAUCGGGAUCUCAAACCGGGUAACAUUCUCCUGGAGGCCACCUACGGCGUCCCCCGAGUGCGGGUCAUCGACUUCGGCUGCAGCUGCUUCGUAACCGAGGAGCCUUAUCAUGACUACACCGGAACCCUCUCCUAUGCCCCACCGGAGUUCGUCCUGAGGGGGUCGUACAAAGCGGGCCCGACCACAGUGUGGCACCUGGGCGCCAUGCUCUUUGAGUUACUGGCCGGGAGAAAACAGUUCGACACGCUUCUCUUCAUCUCCAAGAUGCUCCAACUCAAUCGGGUUCUGUCUCAAGAUUGCAGAGAUUUCUUGCAGAUGUGCUUGAAUUGCGACCCAGAGCAGCGCGCCACCCUGGUGCAGGUCCACCAGCAUCCGUGGCUCACUUGAGCCCGCCCGCCCGCCCGCAAAUUCAACGUCAUGUGGGCCAUCACUGUCACGGGAUCUUUUCUAUCCUCGCCGAGCCCAAAUGUACACUGUCGGGUGUCCGGUCAAAAAAAAAAAAAACAACAACAACAAAAAAAGCACUUGAAAUGAUCCCUGGUGCAAUUUCCAUUCUCUAUUCCGAGGGCACGUGAAGGAGAACAUUGUUUAGAAACAGAACAAGUAUUGUUUACAUGACACCGGUUUGAAACUUGUCUCAAAGCCAACAAAACUUGAAUAAAGUGUUUCUUCACAAAGUCA